AUGACUCAGGUUUUGCAACGUUAUCUGUUCCAGAGGAUAGCAGUACGGAACAAGAGCACGCACCCUGUCAAAAUUGGAAUUGAGGAGCUGAGAUUCAAGAAGAAGACACAGGCUAUCACAAAUGGGUCGAUAGCAUUACGGGACUACUACGAAUGGCAUAAGCUAUCUGAUAUAAUGGUGAGUGAGACAUUUUUCACGCAUCGUGGCAAAUGCGGAGGCCUAGGUCGUUCUCCCUCAUCACAGAAUGAUUUACUUCUUUACGACCCCAUAAUGACACACUGUAUUGCGAAAUGGCUAUUGGUGAACUACAAAUUAAAUUCAUAUCCAUAUCAUGAUCUCAACAUAGUUAAUAUCUAUGCAGAUUUGCGACAGUCUUUACAAAUUGCGAAAACGAUGAUGACAUAUUUCAAAGCGGUUUUAUCGGAUACAAUGUUUGAGCGGAUUAGGUUCAUAAUGGUCCCUUUAUAUGACCAUAAGCAUGCACAGGUUGAAAAAAUUCGACAGGAAAUACCAGGCGAGAUCGAGCUAAUAACUGAUGAUGCAAUUUUUUUAUCUCAAGGGCAGGACGGGAUUGGACAAGCCAGUCCACUCGUAAUUGAAGAUCCAGUCUCAAUUAUAAUGCUCAAUGACGUUAUGAAAAAUUUGUCUCACGAUGUGAUUAAAUAUUCUUACGAGAAAAAUAAAUGGGAACAGGGUUACCUAGAAUUUGAUAGUCAUGGCAACAAGCGAUUAGAAUUUCAAGACAGUGUUGAUUUUUGGUGUAAAUUUGCUAUUGAGAAUACUCUGGAGGAUCAAAUUCCUUCGAGGCAGAAUCCAAAUCAAACCGUGUACAUCCCAACAAGAUUGGCACAACUGUUCGAAAUGAUUAGAAAAUUCGCACCUCAGCACCGAUUUUUUGCCGUUGACGAACCUCAAAGGUGGAAUCCAAGUGUCACGUCAAUGUUAAGGCUCUUGCUCGGGUACAAUCCAAUAAGAGGUAGUAAGGUCAUGAAACAACGGCAAGGAAUUGAACUUGAGGAUCCAGUAUUUAUGCCGGAUUUCACUCAAGUGCAGCAGAUGUAUAUGAAUAUAAACGGUAUGGGCAAAAUAAGUGAGAUUAACGAUUUAGGCGAAUUCGUUGAUAAAUGGGUAAAUCUGGGUAACGACUACAAAAAUGCGAAUAUUACAAUGGAUCAAUUAGUAUCGCAGCUAAAAAUGAUCAAUGAAAGCACGUUGGCAACAAUACACUCAAAUUGA